AUGUUUCCAAAGGAUGGGGAACCUCCAUACAGUGUAGGCCGUACAGGUACACAGCCCAUCUUUGUUCUUCACAUUCUUCUGUGUGAACUCAUUACACUGGGAACACUUUUUUCUCUGAUACAACUGGAAAAUGAGCAUGCACAAAUAAUGAAUGAACUGAACAACGACCUAACAAAAAUGGAUGAAUGCCAUAAAGAAACUUUACAGAGCAUUACAGAGCAUUAUGAUCUUAAACUAGUUUUUGAAUAUGACAGAUUUCAUGAACUGGAAGAAGCAGAUAUUAAGAUGAGAGCAGAUUAUGAAAGAGAGCUGCAAGAAUUACUUGAAACAAAGGCAAAGUGCAUCAAUGAUCUAAUAGAAACAUAUGAGAAACAAGUACAAGAAAAGGCAGUGGAAUUUGAAAAUCUUCUGAAGCAAGUAGAAAAACAAACACAGAAACAUGAAGAAAUAAAACAGCAGAUUGAAGAUGAUGCUGACCAUGAGACAGUAGAUCUAAGGACAGCGUAUGAACAGUUAUUAAGAGAGGAAAGAAAUAUAAGUGAUAGUUUUAGAAAAGAAGCUACAGUUUGGAAAAACAGACUUAAAAGUUUACAGAAAGCAGGAGAAGAAUGUGCUGUAACAUUUAAUGAGACAUUAAUUGAGCAUCAUAAGUUCCAGCAUAAAAUUGCUUCAUUGGAAAAGGAUACUGAGGAAUUAAAACAAGAACUCUGUCAACGAGACAACGCCCUCCAAGACAAGGAGAAAGGAAUAUCUGAUUUGAAAGAGAGUAAUCAAGAACUCAGUAAGUUGAAAUUUAUACUGCAUUAUAAAACAGAAGAACUUCGAAAUCAAAUUCAACCCAAAGAUAUACAAAUCCAGAAUAAGGAAGAACAAAUGAUGGAUGUAAGUAUGAACAGCACUAUCAUUUUACUACAGCAGGUAGCAACUUAUAUUGCUUUCUUGGUACUUCCAUACCCUCACAAUGGGCAGCCUGAACAGAGAACAAAUAUGGAUACAAUAUUAAUGGCUCAUAGCAGAAAUUCUGCAGUAGAAAGAAAUGGAAAUGGAGUGGAUGAGAAUGGGAACUAG